AUGUUAUUCAUGUACGACGGGAAUCUUGAGAAAGACAUUGUUACUUUUUACGUGAAUAACAUGGGAAAAAGACGCGGAAACCGAAGAGACGACUACGGAGGAAGAAGCGGAAGCAGGCCGUGGAACGCAGUCAUGGUAAAUGAGGUGCCUUCCUUUAAUCGGCGUAAAUUAUUCCUGCGCGCGUGCGCGGACGUUACACCUACACCGCAAUCAGAGAAACCAAAGAAGAGACGAUUAGCUUCUGGUUCUACGUCAGAGACUUCAUGGAACAUCUCAGGCCAUACAUACUAUACUGGCCAAAGAGAAUCUCUUACAAAGAAUACCGAUAUGGUCACAGAAAUUGCGCUCAAUGACAUGAUAAAUAAUGCCAUCAGGCGGUUCUAUUCGACAUAUACAUCUUACCUUGGAAACAUAAUCUCUCGACUGAAGACUGGAAAUACGAAUUCGACUCCACCACCAAUAUUAUCCAGAUUAGGAGGAAAGGACAAAAAAGCAAUUGCUCUAUGGAUCCCCUACACACGGUGUCAAAUUGCGCAGAAGGAACGGCGCAGUACUCGGCCAAAACUGCGGUGA